AUGAAACCGCCGCAAACGCAACCGCUGUUUCUCAUCUUCCUCCUGCUCCUCCUCUUAGCCUCUGUCUCCUCCUCUUCUCCAUUAGACCCAAAACAGCUCAAAGCUCUCAUAUCUCUCAAAAUCCUUACAACAACAACAACAAAAGAUCCCUGCAACAACAACAACAACUCAUCCUCCUCCUCCAUAACUUGCGACAACGCUUCUCCUUUCCGCCACGUAACCUCUCUCUCCUUCACAAACCUCUCCUCUCUCUCUCUCUCCUCCAAAACCCUAAAACCUCUCUCCAAAUCCCUCCUCUCUCUCUCCUUCCGUAACUUCCCUUCUCUCUCACCUCCAAAACACCUCCCCAUCUCCCUCCACUCCUUCUCCGCCGUCUCCUCCUUCCACCGCCGCCGUCACAGACUCUCCGGCGUCUUCCUCUCUCGUCUCGUUAACCUCAAAGACCUCAACAUCCUCUCAACACCAAUCUCAACCUCUGGUCGUCUUUACGUCAUCCUCGGAAACAUGCGUAAACUCACUUCCCUCACAAUCUCAAACUCAAAUCUCUCCGGCACAAUCCCUAAAUCGUUUCACUCGAAUCUCACUUCCAUCGAUUUAUCAAACAACUUACUCAGAGGAUCACUACGCGAUUCGAUUACUAUUCUCUCAAGCCUCGAAUCUUUGAAUCUAUCUCGUAACUCACUCUCCGGCCAAAUACCAAACAAAAUCGGAGACUUGGUCUGGUUAAAAAACCUGUCUUUGGCUUCGAACAGAGUAUCAGGACCAAUCCCGAGUUCGAUCUCGUCGAUCUCUGAGCUUACGCGUUUGGAUCUUAGCGGGAAUCAGCUAAACGGUACCGUUCCAAGCUUCUUCUCCGAGAUGAACAAUCUUAAACACUUGAACCUCGCUGAUAACUCAUUUCAUGGAGUCUUGCCGUUUAACGAGAGUUUCAUCAAAAAGCUCGAAUUUUUCGAAAUCGGAGGGAACAGUGAUCUCUGUUACAACCACACUGUUCUGUCGUCGAAGCUUAACCUGGGCAUUGCUCCAUGUGAUAGAUACGGCUUGCCUUUGUCGUCUCCGCCGCAGAAGGAGGAUUCGACGGCGGAUGAUGAGGAGGAAGACGAUAAUGGCGAAGAAGAAGGAGAGGAUGAGGAUACGAAAACAGAGCAUCGUGGUUCUAACGAGACUGUGCUUGGUGUCGCCAUUGGUCUUUCUUCGCUUGUGUUCUUGAUCAUCUUCCUCAUCCUUGUCGCUAAAUGGUGUGGUUGAAUUCUCAAAAAGGUCUAAUCUUUACCGGUUUUUUUUUCAGAAAGUCUUCAAAUCUUUUGGACUGAUUCGUUUGAGAAUAAUUAGACCGUUGGGUGAAAACCGGUACAACCCGG